AUGGCCACAGUUUGUAAUGACAGCCAUGGCAAUUUCAUCCUCAGUGGCUUCUCAGACAGGCCAUAUUUAGAGAAGGUACUUUUUGGGGUCAUUUUGAUCUUUUACUGUUUGACUCUUGCUGGAAAUACAAUCAUAAUUCUCAUUUCCUUGAAGGAUCCAAAACUUCAAAUCCCCAUGUAUUUCUUCCUUUCCAAUCUUUCCUUGUUAGAUAUUUGUUUCACCAGCAGUUGUGUUCCUCAGAUGUUGGUUAAUUUGGGAGGUCCAAAUAAGAUUAUCACCUAUCAUGGCUGCGCCACUCAGCUCUACAUCUUCCUGUGGCUUGGUGCUACCGAAUGUGUUCUUCUUGUUGUCAUGGCUGUGGACCGCUAUGUAGCAGUGUGUCAUCCCCUAAGAUAUACAACUGUCAUGCACCCCAAAGUCUGUGUGCAACUGGCUGUCCUUGCUUGGGGUGUUGGCCUGAUUCAGUCUCUGAUCCAGUCUUCUGCUACCCUCAGAUUGCCCUUGUGCUCCCACCGGGUGGUAGAUGACAUUGUAUGUGAAGUUCCAGCCCUGCUUCAGCUCUCCAGUGCAGAUACUACCUAUAAUGAAGUGCAGAUGUCCAUAGCCAGUGUUAUUCUCCUAGUGCUACCCUUGGUCAUCAUCCUUUCCUCCUAUGCUGCUAUUGUGAAGUCUGUGCUGAAGAUGAAAUCAACGGCAGGGCAGAAGAAAGCAUUUGGCACAUGCACCUCUCACCUCCUUGUUGUCUCCCUCUUCUAUGGUACUGUCACAGGUGUCUAUCUUCAACCUAAGACUCACUAUGCUCAUGAACGGGGCAAGUUUCUCACCCUUUUCUACACUGUAAUAACUCCGACUCUUAACCCCCUCAUCUAUACACUAAGGAACAAGGAGGUAAAGGGAGCAGUGGUAAGACUGGGGUGGAGAAUUUGGAGUUCUCAUAGAUAA